UUGUUAAUGACGGAUUUGUGUGAAUGGUGAGACUGGCAUUUUCGAAGCAUUAUAACAGCCUCUCACUUCGACUUCACUCACACCAUAGCCCCAUCCUCUUUCUUUCUCUUCUCAUCUCUCAAGCUCAACACCAGUUUAGAGAGAGAGAGAGAGAAGCGUUUGAAGAGCAAUGGAUAUGGCUAUUGGUGCACGCCCCACUUCGAACCUUACCCCUAAAGCUAUUCUCCUAUCGUCUAGGAACUUCGAAUCCGUUCAAAAAAGCUCCAUUUAUGGCCGUUCUUGGCUGAAAAGGCAAUUUCUUGGUGGCCCUUUAUCUAUUAAAACGAAAUCCAAGAGCUUGAGCACCCCUCUUCGGAAUUCUGUCAAAUGCUCUGUUUCUGAAGCCACGGAGGCUGCCACGGAGAAGAAGAGCCAGUUGGUAAGGAGAAAUGACAUACGAAAUAUAGCAAUUGUUGCACAUGUUGAUCAUGGGAAGACCACUCUCGUGGAUGCUAUGUUAAGGCAAUCCAAGGUUUUUCGGGACAACCAAUUUAUGCAGGAGAGGAUAAUGGAUUCUAAUGAUCUAGAGCGUGAAAGGGGAAUAACAAUACUUAGCAAAAACACAUCUAUCACGUAUAAGGAUACGAAGAUUAAUAUCAUUGAUACUCCAGGCCAUUCUGACUUUGGAGGUGAAGUAGAGCGUAUUCUCAACAUGGUGGAAGGAGUUCUAUUAGUGGUAGAUUCUGUUGAGGGUCCAAUGCCGCAGACAAGAUUUGUUCUGAAGAAGGCUCUUGAAUUUGGCCAUUCGGUCAUUGUUGUCAUCAAUAAAAUUGACAGGCCCUCUGCUCGUCCAGAUUAUGUCAUAAAUUCAACUUUUGAAUUUAUUGAGCUGAACGCAACGGAUGAACAGUGUGAUUUCCAAGUUAUAUACGCGAGUGGCCUCAAGGACCAGGCAGGACUUUCUCCUGAAAACCUGGCUGAGGAUCUUGGACCGCUUUUCGAGACCGUUGUCAGAUGCAUACCUGGACCACAAAUUGCCAAAGAUGGUUCUCUUCAAUGCUUGUAAGCUACAAAUAUUGAAUAUGAUGAACAUAAAGGGCGCAUUGCUAUUGGUCGUCUGCAUGCUGGGAUGUUGCGCAAAGGAAUGGAUGUGCGGAUUUGUACCUCUGAAGAUCAAUGCAGGUUUGGUCGAGUAAGUGAACUGUUUGUGUAUGAAAAGUUCUUCCGAGUUCCGACAGAAUUAGUAGAGGCUGGUGACAUUUGUGCUGUUUGUGGCAUUGAUGAUAUUCAGAUUGGAGAGACGAUUGCAGACAAAAUCACGGGGAAGCCAUUGCCCUCCAUUAAGGUCGAAGAACCUACAGUGAGAAUGGCUUUCUCAAUCAACAUUUCAACCUUUGUGGGCCGUGAGGGGAAGUAUGUCACCAGUAGAAACCUACGAGAUAGGCUCUACCGUGAACUUGAGCGAAAUUUGGCAAUGAAAGUUGAAGAUGGUGAAACUUCUGAUACAUUUAUUGUAAGCGGGCGUGGUACUCUGCAUAUCACAAUAUUAAUAGAGAACAUGCGUAGAGAAGGAUAUGAGUUCAUGGUGGGUCCACCCAAGGUUAUCAACAAAAGAGUGGAUGACAAGUUGUUGGAACCUUUUGAGAUUGCUAUUGUAGAGGUACCAGAAGAAUACGUUGGACCCGUAGUGGAACUUCUUGGUAGACGACGUGGACAUAUGAUUGAUAUGCAAGGAACUGGGUCGGAAGGCACGACCUUCAUGAAAUAUAAGGUACCAACAAGGGGCCUCCUCGGGCUGCGAAAUUCAAUUCUCACUGUAACUCGAGGCACAGCAGUUCUGAACACGAUAUUUGACGAGUAUGGAACUUGGGCCGGUGAUAUCAGUACCCGUGAUCUGGGUUCUUUGGUUGCUUUUGAGGAUGGAACGAGUACAUCCUACGCUAUUGCAAGUUCACAAGAACGAGGCCAGAUGUUUAUUGGACCCGGAGUUGAUGUGUACAAAGGUCAAAUAAUCGGCAUCCAUCAGCGCCCGGGCGACUUAUCCUUGAAUGUGUGCAAGAAGAAAGCAGCCACCAACAUCCGUUCAAAUAAAGAACAAACAGUUGUUCUGGAUUCGCCUUUGGAAUACAGUCUCGAUGACUGCAUAGAAUACAUUCAAGAAGACGAACUCGUUGAAGUCACUCCCUUGAGCAUCCGGAUGUGCAAGAACCCUAAGAUGAUGAAGAAAUCAUCACGUUGAAAAUGUUAUGGGGGACGAGAGCUAGCCUUAUACGCGUCCCUGCUCCCAUCUGCACACCAAUGCAGCUAUCAUCUGGUACGUUCUGCUUCUCGAUCGAGCAGUGAUCCCUUGGCCCUCGGGCUAAGAUCUUGAUGCUUUGUGGGUUGAAAUUCUUAUAGUUUGAACCAGGUAGGAAUGAUUUUUGAACCUUCAUCAUGUGUGAAGGUGGAUUGGAUCUAGCAAUAGCAGUAUAGGGCUAUAAAUUUUACUUGUAUAAUUUGAGGAAAUUGACUGCAUAAAAAGAAACAGAUUAUCGGUUAAUUCA